UGACUCUGCUGCCUUUCCCCCUCUAAGCAGAUCCUCCUUUCUCCUCCUGUGUAUUCUGUCUUUAUUCUCUUAGUCUGAUCACUGGGACCGAAUAAUUAAUCAUGCUAUGGAUGCUUUUAAUGUAUUUAUCUGGAGCAGAAUGUGCCAGGGGCUUCAGCACUAACACAGUGGGUGAGAGAGACUGAGCUCCUAACAUCUUGGCUUCUCCUGCACUUCAUCUGAUCUACUAUUCCUCUUCUUUUCUUGCUGGGAUGCAAGGAGACACUUUGUGAAGCUCAGCCCUGCCGUAUCUCCAUGGCUUUAUCAGAGAUGCUUCUGAACAGAGUUCCCAGUUAUCUGUUCGACUCAUCAAAACUCCUAAAGUCCCAGGCACACUCCUAUUCUUUAGCCAAACAUAGCAUUUUGUGGAAGUGACUGCUCCAUUUUUUCUCUACAUGGCCAUUCUACUUAUCUCCGCAAUCCUUCUACUGACUCGAAGUCAGGCCUCUCCCAUCGAGAACUACCUGCUGACCAAUGCUUCAAUAACACAGGCGACCUACCAAGAAUUAGGGGAAUACAGCAAUACAAGCGAACAGUCCAUUCCAUUGGGCACAAGCCGUCGGAUACCUCAAGCAAUAAUUGUCGGCGUUCGUAAAGGUGGGACCAGAGCCUUACUUGAGAUGCUGGACAUCCAUUCUGACAUAGUGGUGGCUGCCACGGAGGUCCACUUCUUCGACUGGGAUGAGAACUAUGUGAAAGGGAUCGAGUGGUACAAGAACUUAAUGCCAUUCUCCUAUGAAAAUCAAAUUACCAUUGAGAAGACACCAGGUUAUUUCACUGCUCCACAUGCACCAGAAAGAAUCCAUGAUAUGAAUAGUUCCAUCAAACUGCUCCUUAUCCUAAGAGACCCCACCGAGAGAGUCAUUUCUGAUUAUACCCAAGUAUAUUACAACAGACUGGAAAAUCACAAGCCCGUUCAGGCGUUUGAGGACAUCGUCAUUAAAAAUGGCGUCCUCAACACUAAAUAUAAAGCCAUCCAGAGAAGCUUGUAUGAUGUUCACAUGGAUAGAUGGCUGAAGUAUUUUAAUUUGGAUCAGAUUCACAUCGUGGAUGGUAACACUUUAAUCAAAACGCCGCUAACUGAAUUGCGGAAGGUCGAAAGGUUUCUUAACCUUCCCCCAAGAAUUGUGUCGUCCAAUUUUUACUUUAAUCAGACCAAGGGAUUUUACUGCAUUCGAAGCGAUGGGAGGGAGCGAUGCUUACAUGAGUCGAAAGGACGUCCCCACCCGGUGGUAAAUGAAACCGUUCUAGGACAACUUCAUUCGUACUUCAAAGAACAUAACGCCAAAUUUUACAAAAUGGUUAAUCAGUCUUUUGACUGGCACUGAUUCCCCAACGAUUUCGACUACGCUUAGUUCUGAAAUGAAAUACCAGUUAUAUUAGUUACAACAACGAGAGGCUUACGAAGCUUUUUUUCUUUUUUUUUGUAGAAAUGUCAAAAAAUGUGAAGAAAGAUGUUCAUGGUUCUACAUGAUUUUGUAAGGUUAUGUUCGUUAUGGAAAGAACUGACGUCAUAAUAUAUCAUUGACAUAUUAUUUGCAGUUGUACAACUAUGAAGCUCACAAUGAC